GCGGUUACGGCGGGCGCAGGCGGGCCAGUGGAACGGCAGCCAGGGCUGCGUGCCACCGCAGCCGAAGAUGGCCGACACAGAGUUUGAGGAGUUCCGCCACGCCUUCGAGCGGCUGCCGCAGCACAUCAAAGCCCCGGCGCAGAGCUACACGCUGGUGCACGAUGUCGCGCUGGACGACGAGUCUGCGUCAUCGCGCAGCGACGGCGAGGACGACGGCUCGGCGUGCGGCAGCCCCGGAGAGCAGCCCGCCGCGCUCGCGCCGGCUGCUGUCGCCGCCCCCGCCCCCGCCCCCGCCGGCGCGACGCCCGCGCCCGGCGCCGCCCCCGCCGCCGCCCCCGGCUCGGCACCUCAGGACUCGCCGCCCACGCAGCCGGUGAGCGGCGCGCCGCCCGCCCCCUGGACGGACGCCCACCGACCCGAGCGCCGCCGACGGCGCCUGCCCGAGAUACCCAAGAACAAGAAACCUGCCGUGAUGGCGAUGGUGCAGCCGUCGCUGGCGGACGAGCUGGGGGAGGCCAUGGAAAGGCGGGACUCCGUGGCGCCGGAGUCGCUGCAGUUCGCCAUCGGCGGGCGCACGCGGCCACUCAUGGUGCUCAAGUGCCACAGCUACCUGCGGGAUGAAGAUAGUUCACCUGACUCUGAACGUUUCCACAGCACUGACGUUGAUUCAGGCAAUUCAACAGCACAUUCCCCAGAUGGACCGAAGUCUACAUCACCACAACCUAUGCUCAAUGACAGUCUCUCGCCAGAAUCAACAGGCAGUAGUGGAGGAGUUCCAUUCACACAAGUGGAGCUUCUAGAAGCAACACACAGAGGACUGCAUAAAUUUAUACCUCGACACCAUGAUGAGAUAGAGGUGGAAAUUGGUGAUCCCAUAUAUGUACAAAAAGAGGCUGAUGAUCUGUGGUGUGAAGGUGUAAAUCUGAGAUCUGGAAGGCAAGGUAUUUUCCCUUCAGCGUAUGCAGUUGAUAUGGAUUAUAGUGAUUUUGAUCCCAGCACACCGAAAGUUAAACGAGAACGUUAUUUGCUGGGUUACCUUGGUUCAGUUGAAACAAAGUGCCACAAAGGCAAUUCAGUGUUGUGCCAGGCAGUGAAAAAGAUAGUGGGCAGUGGGAAUACACCAAAGCACAAGCCACACUCCUGUAUCCUAGAGGUUUCUGACCAAGGACUUCGUAUGGUGGAUCGCAGCAAACCUGCACCUAUGGAUUCACCAUGUCAUGACUAUUUCUAUUCUCUGAAGAAUGUCUCAUUCUGCGCUUUUCAUCCACGAGACCAUCGGUACAUGGGAUUUAUUACAAAACAUCCGCAGCUGCAGCGGUUUGCUUGUCAUGUCUUCAUGGGUCAAGAGUCAACAAGACCUGUUGCUGAAGCUGUUGGGCGGGCAUUCCACCGAUUCUACACAAAAUUCAUUGAGACUGCUUACCCUGUAGAAGAUAUCUACAUUGAAUGAAAAGCUUUGUUACUAAGUACUUCCAAAGUAACAAAACAAAAACCAUAUGUAACUGCUUCUUGGCUUCAUUUAGAGGCUCCUAUUCUGCUGUUGCCAAGUAGCAGUAUCAGGACUGUGUAAAGAUCAACAGGGAGCUGUGAACUGUACAGAAUCUGUGUGAUUGUAAAGAGAUCAUUUCCACACUAGUGUAAUAGGUAAUUUAUUCGACAUGCUCAGACUGGUUUACAACAUCUGUCAUUGUUUUAGUUUAGAUACUGUAAUAUUCCUGACAAUUCAUACAGGUUCUUACCCCUGUACAUAAAGUGCCCUUUACAGAUGCCAAAUAAUUUAUUCUGAAUAAUUUUUUAAGGUUAAUCUUUAUUUGUAUGAACACUUGUGGUCCUGUC